AUUGACAGUCGGUCGGUCGACUUGGAAAUGGUUAGCUAGCGACUGGCAUUUUCGCACAUUGAAGAACUGAAGUCGUGUACUUACAACGACAUGUCAUUGGAAUGGAAUACUAAACCCGAUAUAUAAAAAACCAAAGCAAACGUAGCCAGAUAGUUGUAGAUACCCAGUGGCAGGAUAACAAUAACAUAAAAACUAGACAGCUAGCUCUAGCUUCUUGUUGGUAUUGAGACCUCACCUGGCCGCUGGGGAGCCUGGACUAUCCCUCAAACAUUUCCUUGCUACGCGAGUUGGACUAGCUAGCUAGCUAACGUUUGCUUUAGCAAAUAAUUUCCGUUCUAUGACAUAAUGGAGCUGUUUCAGGCUAAAGACCAUUACAUUCUUCAAAGUGGUGAUCAUGCUCUGUGGUGUAGCCGAAAAGAUGGGACCAUGAAUGUCAGACCGGCAACAGACCUGCUGUUGGCCUGGAACCCGGUUUGCUUGGGCCUGGUGGAGGGCAUCAUUGGAAAAAUACAGCUUCACACAGAUCUUCCUCUGGGUCUGGUACUAAUCCGCCAGAAAGCCCUGGUUGGCCAGUUGCCAGGAAACCACAAAGUCUACAAGAUCAUAAAGAUAGCUGUCAUUCCUCUGUCUGAGGAAGAGCCCCUGGAUCUUGAACUUGAGCUUUGCAAGAAACAUCACUUUGGAAUCGACAAGCCAGAAAAACUUGCCCAGUCUCCAGAUGAGUCCAAAUUCCUGAUGAAAACUCUGAGUCAAAUCAAGUCCAAUGUUGGUCAGCCCAUUAAGAAGAAGGUGAAGGAGAACAAGGAGAAGGAGCGUCUGGAGAGGCGGCUCCUGGAUGAGCUCUACAAGGUCUUCAUGGACUCCGACUCCUUUUACUACAGCAGGACCUAUGACCUUACAAACACUGUACAGCGACAGGGAGACUCAGACAAAUCCAACCUGCCAUUAUGGAAACAGGUGGAUGACCGAUUUUUCUGGAACAAACACAUGAUCCAGGAGCUUAUCGACCUCCAGGUCCCAGAAGUGGACUUCUGGGUGAUGCCCAUCAUCCAGGGGUUUGUGCAGGUGGAGGAGCUGGUGGUGAACUACAAUGACAGUUCAGACGAGGAGAGGAGCAGCCCGGAGACCCCACCUCAAGAGCUCACCUGCGUGGAUGACAUUCACCCUCGAUUCACUGUCGCUCUCAUCUCCCGACGUAGUCGCCAUCGCGCAGGGAUGCGCUACAAACGGAGAGGUGUGGACACAGACGGUCACGUGGCCAAUUUCGUGGAGACCGAGCAGCUGAUCCAUGUGCACAGUCACACUCUGUCCUUCGUCCAGAGCCGUGGAUCUGUGCCUGUGUUCUGGAGCCAAGCAGGCUACCGCUAUAACCCCAGGCCUCGACUGGAGAAAGGGGAGAAGGAGACAAUUCCUUACUUUGCUGCUCACUUUGACGAACAGCUCAGGCUUUACCAGAAGCAGGUCAUAGUUAAUUUAGUGGACCAAAGCGGACGUGAGAAGAUAAUUGGCGAUGCAUAUCUCAAACAAGUUCUGCUAUACAACAACCCUAACCUCACAUACGUCUCUUUUGACUUCCAUGAGCACUGUCGAGGUAUGAAGUUUGAAAACGUGCAAACAUUGACAGAUGCCAUCUCUGAUUUAAUCAUAGACAUGAGAUGGGGCUGGGUGGACCAGGCAGGAGUCAUCUGCAAGCAAGAGGGCAUCUUCAGGGUCAACUGUAUGGAUUGCCUGGACAGGACCAAUGUGGUCCAGGCGUCAAUUGCCCGUGCAGUGAUGGAACAACAGCUCAAGAAACUGGGUGUGAUGCCUCCAGAGCAGCCCCUGCCCCUCAAGUGUUACAGGAUUUACCAGGUCAUGUGGGCCAACAACGGAGACACCAUCAGCAGACAGUAUGCCGGCACUGCUGCCCUCAAGGGGGACUUUACCAGGACGGGAGAGAGAAAGCUAGCUGGUGUGAUGAAAGAUGGGGUGAACUCGGCUAACCGCUACUAUCUAAACCGCUUCAGGGAUGCAUACAGACAAGCAGUCAUUGAUCUGAUGAUGGGGUUACCAGUAACCGAGGACCUGUACUCCAUCUUCAGCAAGGAGAAGGAGCACGAGGAGAAGGAGAAGGAGAACCAGAGGGGAGCUCAGGAGCAGGUCAGCCUCCUGCUGCAGACCUACAUGCAGCUGCUGCUGCCUGACGACGAGAAGUUCCAUGGGGGCUGGGCCCUCGUCGACUGCGACAUGAGUCUCAUCGAUGCCACCAACAAAGAUCAGGAUGUUCUUCUUCUGCUAUCCAACAAUGCUUAUUAUGUCGCUUACUAUGAUGAUGAAGCAGACAAAGUGAACCAGUACCAGCGCCUCAACUUAGAAGGAUUGGAAAAGAUUGAAAUAGGCCCAGAGCCCACUCUGUUUGGGAAGCCGAAGUUCUGCUGUAUGCGCCUGCACUACAGGAAUGAAGAGACAAGCGGGUACUUCCACACACUGAGGGCAGUCACACGGAACCCUGAAGACGACGGGAAAGACACAUUGCAGUGCAUAGCUGAGAUGCUUCGUAUAACUAAAGAAGCAAUUGGACUUGACCUGCAGGUGGUUGAAAAGAAACUGGAGAGGCGGCACAGUAAACCUCAUGAGGACAUCAUGGGUAUGCAGACAAAAACUACCGACCAAGUCCUGGGCAGCUCUGGUCUAGCUCAGGGCAAAAGCUUCCUGCUCAACAAGUUCUCCUCCCUCAACCAGAAGGUGAAGCAGACCAGGGCCCUCGGCAGGCUGGGCACAUUCUCCAAGCCUGAUGUCAAGGUCAACUUCUUGAAGCCUACUAUGCAUGUGAACCUUUGGAAGUCCGACAGUAGUCUGGAGACGUCGGACAGCAACCCUGGUACUGGAGCGCUCAAGAACAUGUGUGACGACCACUCUGAGAUCUCCUCAGACUCCGACUCUUAUAACUCGGACCCGGAGCAUCCGCCGCCCCUCGGCUCCUUGGAGAAUGUGGACUAUGUGUUGCCCAGCUGUGGCAUUGUAGCAUCAGCCCCACGCUUAGGCAGCCGUUCCCAGUCCAUUGGCAGUGUGGAGCUCAAUGUCCCCUCCGUUAUCAGGGUCACAGGUUGUGACAGUAAGCAGGAGGCUAAAACUAGUCCUGACGACCAGUCCCCCGGAGCUGCUUCAGAAGCUGAGGAGGCUAUUCUCAUUGACUUUGGGACCCCAAUCGAUGCCUACUGCCACCAGUUUGUACAGGAUGCUCAGACCAAGCCUGUCGAGGUAUUUGGAGAGGAGCAUGUAGUCGUGGCACCUACACAGAACCCACUGGUGCCUCCACACAGUAAGGCCCCUGGGGCCCCACAGGGGCAGCCAGGCCACAACCAGCAGCAGGAGCCCCAGCUUCCCAGGCCGUCCCAACUUGACGUGCAGCCCCCUGCUUCUGGCCACAACCACCUGACUGUCCAGAAGCCCAACUCUGCUGCCUCGGGUGGCUCCCAGAGGAGCCUGGGCUCACAUCUGGAAGGCAGCUUGGGCCCUUCGCCUGCUGACAGCAAUGGCAGUCGGGUGGUGUCCCCCUUUGCCAAGAUCAAGAGCUCCAUGGUGCAGGUGGCCAGCCUUACCCAGGCUGGACUAACCCAAGGCAUCAACUUUGCCGUGGCAAAGGUCCAGAAGAGCCCUGAGCCGGAGGCUGUCAAUGAGACCCAAGAAAAUGAGCUGAAGGCAAUGUUUACACAGUGCCAGACCCGGAUCAUCCAGAUCUAGCGCUUCCCUUGUAGCCUCUAGCAGUUCUUUUUUUUGUUGUAUGUGAUUUACAGUACAGUAGCAGUAGCAUAUGCUUGCACAAGGGGCCCACCGGUAUGCUAAGAACCCCAAUUCCCCUGUAGUACAUAUGACCAAUGUUUACAGAGUCUUGUGUUAAUAAGUCCCAUAACUUAAUAUGACAAUGUCAUUCAAAGUCCUUUGAAUUGGUUUCCCCAAUACAUUCGCAUGCUAGCCUGUCAGUUUGAUCUGAGUUAGUCGAAGCAGAUUAUUUCAAGCAUAUGUUGAGAGACGAGUUCUUAAUUUACAUGUAAAGUAUGCAAUCCCAUUAUGUGCACUGCACCUAUUGGCUUUUGUGAUAUAGGCAUAGUUAUAGCUCUGUUAAAACUAGUAGAAAAGUCUGACCAAAUUCGUAUAUAUAUUUCAGAAGGGCAGCUUAAUGUUUGAUAUUACCCUACUAAGAAAACAAACAGGAUACUGAAUAGUAAAAUGGAUAUUGUCAAGUGUAAUCCUUCCCAAUGUAGGAAACAUACCAUUCAAGAAUGAAUUACAACAUUAGUUCAGUAAGAUAGGUAUACUGUUUGAUAUGUACAGUAAGUAUUGUAUGUAUUGUAAGUAUCUAUAUCUGUUCCCUGAGUAGCAUAUAUCCAUUGACAAACAUAUUUAUGGACAUGGGUGAUCUUAUUCUUUGGUUUUUGAUCGUAGUGAUGCAGCCUGAGUGGAUGCUGUAUUUGUGCUUACGGUAAAGAGGUAUUAUUCCUUUUUAUUGAUACGAAACCCCAGUUCUAACCUCAAUACUCUCAAUGUCAGCUCUAUAUAGAUAACCACAGAAAUCCUUGUUGGGUUUGUUCAUGGAACCUAUUUGAUUGAAAUGUUUGCACUAUCUCUGAUGCUAUAUUUGACCGUCAAGCACUCAAAUAGUCCAGAAUUAUACAGUCAUGUGUUUAAGGAACAGGAGACAGUCGCAUAUUAAAUAUAUGCAAUUAGCUCGUCCUAACACUGUUCGAUGCUUUAUACACUCCCUGAAUCUAAAGCAUACUUGCCUUAACAGGAAAUAUAAGCGGGAGAUGUUGUAUAUCAGGUAUUUGCAGUAUGGCAAAUCUACCUUUUUAAAAGGAAUUCACCUUUUAAAAAUAGUUAUAUUGUUUGUUUCAACUGCAUAUGUACUGUACAUGAGUUCCUGUUCAUAGUAUUGUGUGCUUUAACUUGGGAUAUUCCGUUCUCCAGCCAUACAUGUAAAUGACAUGCUCAAAAUGAUCAAGACUGUAAGGAAUACAGGAAGGUGCGUGUGUGGUGUGCUGUUGUGUGAACAUGUUUGUUGAGUGGAGGGGAUUUGGUGUGAGUCCUUUCUAAUAGGUCUGCAAGUGUAAAAACAAAACUGUACAUAUACGAUGUAACAUGGCUUUUUGACUCCCAAAAACGUUGCUUUGCUCUGUCUAAUUGUUGUAGUACAAACCUUUUGGUGGUUGGUCCAAUUUAGAGGCAGAUUCAGGGUUGUUAAAGGUUCACACCAGCAGGAUUGAGUUAAGAAAGGUAAGUGCUAAUUUAAUUAAACUUUUAACAGGACCUCUUGUUGUGUCCAUAUACUGAUGAUGCCCUAAAAAGAAUAUAAUAAUAUUGUGUAUCAGAGUUGUCCUAAUAUCUAAUCAGGAAUAUCCCAAGAUAAAGUGUAACUACUCUGCACCUUUUUUGUUUUUAUAUACAGAUAAUGCCUCUCUUUUCAGCAGUUAGCUGUGUACAGUAGCUAUCGUACCACGUCGAGGCUGGGAUAGCUGCAUUCUAAACUGUUCUUGAGGUAAAUGUUAGAGACUGUAGCAUGUCCGGUAUGGUGCUAAAUCGCACAUUGUCUGGCUCCUCAGUUUCCGAAACCUGCUGAACUUGUCUGGCACUGCCAAAGGUUUAAUAUGAUGGGUAUAGCGCAAUAGUUACAUUACUUGGGAAAGAGUUCUUGUUUUAUUCUAUUCAGGAAUGCAUGCACUGGGUCAGUUCUCAAAUCAGAGUAUAAACUAUUGUUACUAGAAUUAGGUACAUACUGUAAAAAUAAAUCAAGUCUUAAUUAUAAAACAUUCCUUUUAAGAUAGGGAUUGUGAUGUUGGAAGAGGGGUAUAUUUCUUUUUUUCCAUAUGCAAAAGGCAUACACCUUUUAUACAGUAUGUUCUAUUCUCGGAGGGUUUUGGUUUGCGUCUUUUGUUUUUACACCAAGUGCUUUUGAAACCACAUCUAAUUUUGCAUCAAUGGUUUACCUCACCUUUUACCAAUGUGGAUCCUGCUCAUAGAUAAUGUACAGUUAUGUUUGUCAUUGUCAUGUGAUUAAGCUUUACACAUGAUUGCACAGCAUUUAAGCACAUUUUCCAACAUAGUAUCAUGUUGUCUAAACGUCUGUGGUUGUAGUUCACCUACCAAAUAACUAUCGUCAUGUUCUCAUGUUGUACUAAACUUUUAUUGAAUAAUAAAAUACUAUUUAUUCUUA